UCCGUCUCUCUUCUUCUCAGGACAGUCGUAAUGUUCUUCGUGAGCCUCCGCCCGAAGUCAACUUCACUUUUGAGUAUUCUCGUAUAGCUCCGGUUGCCAUGGUGAUGCUAAAGGAGGACCCACGCCUGCAGAAACUAAGAUUUGAACUAGUACCUAAGAAGGUUUCUGAAGAGAUCUUUUGGCGUAAUUAUUUCUACCGAGUGUCCCUCGCCAAGCAAUCUGUACAACUCUCCACUCUAUCAUCAGCUAAUUCAAAGACUAGUAUAGAGGAAAGGGAACAACCUCAAGCAGAAGAGAGGAGGGGAGAGGGAGGGGAGGGAGAGGGAGGGAAGAAGAAAGAAGAGGUGGACUCACCUACUAAAGUUACUGCUAGCGAAACGGACGAACAAGUGGAUGAGUUUAUCAGUGAUCACCCAUACAACAUAGACCCUGAAGCAGUUACUAAGGAAACACUCAAGAAGGAGCUCAGCCAGUUAGGAGUGGAACCAGUUGAAGGAGAAGAAGGGGGAGGAGGAGGAGGAGGUAUCGAUGAUGGAGAGUUGUGGGAUGAGCUUCAAGCUGAACUGAAGGAUCUUGAUCUUGAAGAGGAUAAUGAUGAUGGACUAUUGGUUGACUGGGAGGAAGAAAUGAAAGAAAUGAUGAAUAAUGACUAGUAAAAGACAGUAAAUUGACAUAAUAACGAUAAUAAUAAUUAUUAUUAUUAUUAAUGCACACUAUAUACUCAUAGACAUUAUAUGGUAGUACUGUAAUGCUCACUCUGUCUCUCAGUAUUUGAUUAUUGUAAUGUCACAGACUUUUUUCUGUAGCAUAAUUAUAAUAAUACUUUUGAUUAUAACGGAUAUUACAUGUGAC